GGGGAGGGUGCAGAGGGGACACAUAUUUACAAAACCCUAACUCCACACAUUCAGCGUAAAAUGGAAACUUCUCCGCCCAGUGCAUGGGAGAGUCGGUGGUCUGCAGACCGGAGACCGCCGUCAACCGCAACAAGCGGCGCACCAUGGCCCAGACAGAAGCCCGUGCGGUGGUUGCCAGACUCUCGCACCCCAGGGCCACCCACCCUUCCCGCUUCUACGACAUCCCCAUCCCGCUGCACGGGAGUCCGCCCGGCGACCCCGGUUUCGGCAACCCCAACACCGGCGGACCCGAUUCCGACGACCCCGACUCCAGCGUCGUCUCCUGCGGACUUUCCAUUGCCCUCAGCGCCCUCGAGGUCUUCGUCUCUAUCGGUUUAUUAAAGGCCGUGAUUGGUCUGGCAAGUCAGCCCGUGGCAUUGUGGGGCCUGAGGAACUUCGUCUCACAGCUCGAAACCACAAUAUGGCUCUCGGAACAAGCCAAGUCUGGAGACGGCGAAAAGACAAAACGGUGAGCACCGUCUGCAGGGAAUGAAACGUUACUCUGAGCAAAGGUGUUUUUAUCAUAGGGUUGCCACCUGCCCGGUUUUUUAAUGGCACGGUCGGUUUUUUGGAUACAAAGCCAGUUGCCGUCGAUCUCUAUCUAAAACCGGCUCUCAUUUGCCAAUUGUUUCCAACUAUCCAAAUGCAAUUUCUUUUUUUUUUUUCUUUGUGUUGGGGGGAGGGGUUUAUAAUUAAAGUCCAGACCAUCAACGUUAUUGGGUAUAUAUAGGCACGUGCAUUGUCUGUUAUUAAGCUAGUUUCGUAUACAAUG